AUGGUCGAGUAUAAUGGCUGCGUUGUUCUGGGCAACAAAAUCUACAUCUUCGAAGAAUACCUCCGUGACACGACAGCCGAAGAUGAGAAGCAAAUGGCAGAAUACCGAGAAGCGCGUUCGAAUCUCAAUGACGAGGCGACUGCCUCUCCUUUGCCACAAGAAGAACCUACGAAAUUCGAGGGUCUUGAUUUGAGUUACGGAGCACCACCAUUCUGCUACAGGGAGAAAAAGUAUCGAGACAUGUUUGAAGAGCAGAGGAACAUGUUGAUGUUAAUGGCAAGAAGAGCAUGGAAGACCGCGUAA